UAAGAUCUGGGCCGGGACAUAGGCAGUUUUGGGGCUGCCUGCUCUGAGGUACAAACUGGGGUUAAUCAGUCCAGUCCAGCCGGCAGUGGUGUGAGGCGGUAGCUUUUUGGUUUGAGUGAUGGAGAUCCCCCGCUAAGGACCAUGCUGGGCUGAGAGAUAGCAGCCCACCACACUUAUCUCUCCUUCCCACAGCACACCAACUGACACCCCCUCAGCACCCACCACAGACCCUGUUUUAGGAUGAGGAGGGAGGUUGGUUUCAUUGACUUCAAACAUACAUUUCUGGAUUAUAAUCUAAAGGGUAAAUAAAGUAAAAUUUAAUUAAACAAGGGUUACAAACUUCUUUAAAUAUGGACAAAAGGUGAGGUUGCACCAUGAUAUUCAUAAAAUGUUUGGUCUACAAUCGUAUGUUUGUCACUAAUAUUAUUACUAUACUAUUACUAAUAUUAACUUGAUGUAAGCUAUCUAGUUAGUUCUUGGUUUUAUACAUAUACUAAUGAUAUGGUUAAUGUGCUUUUAAAAGACAUCUUAAAUGCCACAGUGUUUGUAAGAAGGCAUCCAACAGGUUUGUUAGGCCAAAUAUAGCCGUUAUCAGACACCGCAGCAUGAGUGUGCAGUUCACCAGUGUGAGCACUGAGCGUAUCAACACAUGUGAAGUGUAACUGAAUGUGUCAGGGAAUGACAGAUUAAGCCACAAAACCACCAACUGCAAGAAGACCAUUGAGAAAAGGAGCUAUUUCUCAGAGUGACCUCAGCUCACCCACUCCCCUGUUUAUCAAACGCGCUCAGUGUCAUCAUGGUCGGAAGACGGAAGUAAAAAAUGAAAAAAAGAAGAUGGGGAUGAGGAGGCUGAGCGUCUGGUAAAGUGAAGAGAGCAACGGGAAGACUCUCGAGAUGGGCGAGAGAAACAGAGCAAUGAUCGUGGUUUUUCUACUUUGUGUCAUUGCAGAGAUGCCAACAGAAGGCCAGAACCUAGAUGUGUGUGCCACCUGCCAUGCAAAUGCCAUGUGUGACAACAAGUCAGAUGGCUCCGGCAAAGUUUGUAACUGCAAGUAUGGGUUUGUCGGAAAUGGGAGAACCUAUUGUCAAGAUAAGGAUGAGUGUCAAAUAGGAGCAACUAAGAUCUGUGGGCAACACACCACCUGCCAUAACACUUACGGCAGCUACUACUGUACCUGCCUGGCUGGCUACAGCCCUUCUAACAACAUGACAACCUUUAUCCCAAAUGAUGGAACCCACUGCCAGGACGUUGAUGAGUGCAGGAUCACAGGCCUUUGUGGAGAGGGAGGUCUAUGCAGAAAUCUUGACGGCAGUUUUGAGUGUAGCUGCCAGCUGGGAUAUGAAGUCCACAAUGGAGUGGAGCCCUUCAACCCUCAAAGAGACAAGGCUUCCUGCAAAGUGGUUGACUGCGGCCAGCCAGCCUCAGUGGAGGACACAGUGUUGCUGUCAGUCACAGGGACCACAUACGACAGUGUGGCCAUGUUUGUCUGUGAUGAAGGCUUUGUGUGGAGGAGUGGAGACAACAGCUCUGUGUGUGGAGCUAAUGGACUGUGGAGAGGACUCACUAUGGUCUGUGAAGCCAAAUGUGGCCCUGUUCCCUUCCUUGCCAAAUCAGAGGUGGCAUGGCAUAACAGGAGUGUUGUGAUCCACCGCUGUGUGGAUGGAUAUCACAGCUGGAGAGGCAGCAAUGUCUCUGUGUGUGGCAGCUCUGGAGUGUGGCAGAGAGCUACACUGAGAUGCAUAGAAAUAAAGCCACCUAUCAAUCACCUAUUUGUUGUCAAUGAAAGAUGUCUGCACUGGAGGGCAGAGAAGUAUGAGGAGGAUACAGAACAAUACAAGGUGACAUACAUAGGAUCCAGAGACUAUCAGAGGUCUUUUUAUGAUGACAGGAAGCAGUUUCUGAGCUCUAAAGCUGAUCAGCUGGAACUCUGUCUUAACCUGCUUCCAGUCACAAACUACAGCAUCUCCAUCACUGCAGUGUCUGCCAGAUUCACGGCCACUACCACCAUGAACACCAGUUUACCAGCACCGAUUGUCUACUAUAGAGAAUUUGAGACUCCUGUACCAACUUUGAGGCUACGCAGAUCACCCAGUACACUGGACCCAAUAAGUUUGUACCAGGUGUUUGUGCUUCCUGUAGAGGGGAUUCUGGUGUUUGACUGUUCCUCCUCUGCAAGUUCAGAACCCUCAAGUGAAGUAAAGUCCACAACCAAGUAUAUCACUGCUCAGAUUGAUUUGAGACAUGUCAGGUCAGAGAUGAACUUUACUGUGGGGGAUGGACUUUACUAUGGAGGCUUCUUUAAUGCACCACUGGAGAAUGGCAGGAACUAUUAUAUCAUCUUACGAGUUGUCAGUCAGUGGAAAUCGGCUUUAAAAAGUUCUUGUGUCCUGUGGGCUAAAGUAAGAGGUACAUCAUAUGUUCUGAGGGUUUCAUCUCUGUCUACUGUUGCAUUAAUAGGACUGGUUGUCUUGGUCAUUUCUGGUGGAUACAGUUUCUCCUGGAUUUUCAAGAGGAUAAGACGCUCCUAUAAGUGCUGAUGUUCUGUCAUUUUAUUUGUCAGUGUGACAACUUAAAUGACAGUUUUGACUUCCUUUCUGUACAUUUUGUUUUGUACAUUUUGUAAAUAAUUAUAAUAAACUUUUUUUUUCCACGUCAUGAGCGCUUAAAUAAUUAUUGGAUGUGAAAAAACCUACAGGUUAAAAAAUUACCAGACUCACACUCACCAUGUGCUCUACUUAACACAGCACAGCCACAGUACAUUGUCGACAAUUAAUGUCAAAUACUGUCUCUUUAUUUCAUGCCCAAAAAGUGGAAAAGUAGGUGUAACAUGAGUGUUAUGUAGGCUGUUUUUUUGUUUAUUGUUUAAGUGUUAGUAUGUCAUAACAUUGUCCAAAAAUUCAUUCAAAAAGUCAUAGUCAAAGUGGCCCUUUAUUAUGUGCUGGCUCCCCUAAAACCUAAAAUGACAUUCAGUCAUCAAAAC